UAUUUUCUUGUAGUAUAUAAUUCCCUAUAGGUAUUCUUUAGUAUUUUACAAAAAAAUUUUAAUUGUAAGCAAUGUUAGAUAGCCAACUUGAAGAAUUAAUUAACAAACUGAAAAUCUGGAAACACACCCACAAACACCACGAAAUGAUUCCUGAAAUGGAUAUGUACGCAUUGCUGGAAUUGGCACGAGACGCCCUUCUCGCCGAACCCAUGCUCCUCGACGUACAUGCACCGGUCAAUGUGAUCGGAGACAUUCACGGCCAGUUUGCGGAUUUACUGCGCUACUUUCAUAUGUCGGGCUUCCCACCUACUAAAAAUUAUUUAUUUUUGGGGGAUUACGUGGAUCGGGGAAAAUAUGGCGUGGAAACGCUGACGUUCUUGCUAGCCCUAAGGGUUAGGUUUCCCAAAAAUGUGUUUUUGUUGCGCGGAAACCACGAGUCUGCCUCCAUUAACCAGCACUAUGGUUUUUAUGAUGAGUGCAAAAGGCGAUUUACGGUGAGGCUGUGGAAAGCAUUUGUGGACUGUUACAACUGCCUGCCUGUUGCUGCCAUCAUUGGUAAGAGAAUAUUCUGUUGCCAUGGCGGACUAAGCCCUGUCCUCUACGACAUGGAAGACAUACGCCAAUUGAAGCGACCCACUGAGGUAAAGAGCUCCGGUCUUAUGUGUGAUCUGCUCUGGUCGGAUCCGGACGCAGCUGUCACAGGGUGGGCGCAUAGUGAACGCGGUGUGAGCUUCAAAUUCGGCCCCGAUGUGGUCCAGCAUUUCCUACACCGUCAUUCACUGGACCUCGUUUGUCGCGCUCACCAAGUUGUCGAGGAUGGCUAUGAGUUCUUUGCAAAGCGCCAACUGGUCACCGUCUUCUCUGCCGUUAACUAUUGUGGAGAGUACGACAAUGCGGGUGCUAUGAUGAGCGUUGAUGAGGCCCUUAAUAUUUCGCUGGUGGUAAUGAAGCCACACAAACGCGUUAAGGUGUCAGAAGGUGGCAAACCGCUCAUAGAGAAGGCAAUCGAUUUGCAUGUAUAGCAAAUAAUAAGUAUGUAGUACGCCUGUGUGGAAUGCUCCUCUCAAUAAAGCUAAAUAGCUUUUGAAACAUUA